CCGCCGCCGCCCGCUUCGCCUAUCCCUCCAUCGUAACAAAAUUCUUCCUCAAACAUCGAGCGCGUAUUCUCUUCACCUCCAUCGCCGCUGCCGCCCCGCCACCAGUCGCCCGAGGCGCUUGACAAAAGGAGAAGCAGGAAAAGGAAAAAGAAGAAGAAGGAAAUAAAAAGUGCCAGGACCCUCUCAACGCGUGGGCGGUGGAGCGUGGAGCGUGGGCCGUGGCACCGUGUGCCAGAGCGUCACCGCCAUCAAUCAUUCUUUCAAUCUCCACCGCAAGAGCUAAAAAAGUGCAUCACGGGCUGGGCUGGCGCUUGCACCCAUAUCCCGCGUGCUAAUAAGGCGGUUAUUAUUGUUCCUUCGUACGUACGUGCUCCGUCCAGUAUCGACUACCAGGUGGACGGAGAGGGUCCUCGUACCCGGGGCGUCGGCUCUUGACCAAGACCCCGAACCGGCUUGCGAUCCUCGCUCAUUCUCCUACGGCUGUUCCUUCUUUCCUGCGCCUUCCCCUGGGCCCUCCCUCCUCCUCCACUUUGUUAGACGAUCGUGCGGGCCUCGCCAAAGUUUCUACCGCCGUUCCGGAAGCCCGCCGGCCCUUUUCGUCUCCCCUGAACUCCUACGACUACUACUACUGUAUUGUGCCGGUUUCCCAACAGUCUCUUCCGCCCACACACCCCACCUCACCACCGCCGGCCGCCGCUCCCCCUUUGGGUCAUUGUAUUCUACUACUAUUCCCAGGGACCAGCGGGGGACGGACCUGGCGGCGUGUCGCGCGGAUGGUGCGGUACGUGUUCAACCCCUGGCGGGACCGCGACGAGCUGUUGCUGGUCAGGCGCCAGUUUUACGGCGAUGAGGCGCAGUCAGGGGCAGCUACAGCAGGAACGCCGCUGUCGACCGGUGGCAGCGGUGGCGAGGGCGAGAAGUCGACGACGAUGACGACGACGACGUUGACGGGGGACAAGACGAGCGACCAGCCGAGCCGGACGCCCGCGGCUCGCCGGCGAGAUGAGCAGCAGAAGGCGGUUGCGCGCGUGUCCAUGUGGAUGGCGCGCCAGCACUGCCCGCACAUGGUCGAGUCGACAGCUCUCCUCACGGCCGCCAUGCUGAGCGAUGAGGAGGUGGCCGGGGUCGAGGGCACCAGCGGGUGGUCGACGUACGCCGUGCGGGCGACGUACGCGGCUGCAUUCAGCAGGUUCGUCACGGGGCUGCUCGACGGCCACCAGGACAAGCAGCGCAAGCAGAGCAUGUACGCCAUCGCCAAGAAGAUUGGCCUGCCGGCGACGUUUGUCGAGCUGCGGCACCAGUCGACGCACGAGCAGCUGCCCUCGCUCGCCAAGCUGCGUUCCAUGGCCAGGAAGGCGCUGGCGUGGAUAUGGGACUACUUUUGGAAGAACCUGUCGGCCGAGGACGGCGCCAGCGGAACCACCGGCGCCCGCCGUGCUGAUUCGUGUCGCGAUGCUGUGCUGCUUUACCUGCGUGGCGGCGGAGGUGGGAGCGACAGCGACGAGGAGGCUCGCACGGCGAGGGUGGUGAGGGAGCUGGGGAAAUGGGACACCGAGCGCGUGCUGGCAGCCAUUGCCGAGCUGCAGCGGACGCUCCCGGGGAAUCAGGUCUAUCUGAGGUGCAUGAAGCUGUCCGGGGAGGUCAAGCGGGCACAAGACGAGAAGGCCGCGGCGGAUCAGAAGGCGGGCGACCCCGAGCCGGACGCGACGGCCGAGGGUGAUGACAGCUCGGCCGAGACGACGUUGGGCUGGUCUUUGUACGAGGGCCUAUGGAAGCCAAAGCCUAUUGGCGUGGUAUGAGGGCUUAUGGUCAUGGUUGUUUUUGCAGUUGCUCGCAAUGAUACCCCAAUUCGUGACGUCGCCG